UGCGUAUGCUCGCUCCUGGUACCCAGAGCCGAACGAGCAAAAUCCCAAGAACCCUAGCCCCCAAAUCCCACAGAGCUCACUGCACUCCAGCGGCUUCCCAUCCAGCUCCCCUUCCUAGCUCGUGCCGACCAUGCAAGUGUGAAGCCGAUUUGAGCUGCACCCAAUCCUCCCAUGGAUCUCAGCGUCGAGCAGCCGAAGCUUUCGGAUGCCGACGGCGGCGGCGGCGAGGACCGCCUCAGCGCUCUACCGGACGACGUGCUCAUACACAUCCUUGUCCUAGUCGACGACGCCGCCGAGUCCGCUCGGACCAGCAUCCUGUCCCGCCGCUGGCACCGCCGCCGCCUCUGGGCCCUCCUCCCGGAGCUCAACUUCAACUUCAUCGAGCACCGCCGCAUAGGCGACGCGCUCGCAGCCCACGAGGCACCGGGCCUAGGCCUCUGUCUUCGCGCUCACCAAGGACGCGUCUCCAGAAUCCGCGUCGGCGUGGCUCCCCAUCGCCGCGCGCGACCUCUACGGCCAAAUAUACCUCGAGGUGGUGGUGCGGCCGGAGGAGGCCGAGGAAAGAGGCGGCGGCGCCAUUCAUCUGCCUUGCUUUCACAAGGCUAGCUGCAUCAUCCUCAAACCCGGGUUCCUCCGCCUCGCCCUGCCGCCUUCCGGAGUGUUCGCCCGGCUCAAAGAUCUGUGGCUGGUUGACUUCCAGGUAGCAGCGCAUGGCCAGUGCGGGCUGGGCGAUCUCCUCUCCUCCCAGCGGUGCCCAUCCUUGCAGACCCUGGUCGUCCGCAAUGCCCGGGGCCUGGACAGCUUCACCAUCCGCCAUGACUCUCUUCUGGAUAUGGAGCUGUCGGAUCUGGACCGCUUACAGCAGCUCACUGUCGUGGCGCCGGCGCUCCAAAAGUUGAAAGUCUGCGGCUGCUUUGCCGACCCUCCGAAUCGGGACAUGUCAGCUGCCAACGUCUCAGCCCCUCGGCUGACGAAGCUCGAGUGGACGAAUGAUUACGAUCCUAGCUCUAUCCAGAUUGACAUCAAGAGGAUGACGCUUCUCGAAAGGCUCAACAUCCAGCUUUUUAUUCAAGGCGGGCUGGAGGGGGAUUCUCAACACAAUCACUAUUGCAUGAUGCUUUUGCGGCACUUUGGCCGCAUCCACACUCUUGAUCUCCUGAUUACAUACCCACCGGGGAUAUGUGCUGGGCCAUACAUGAUGGAACACAUGCCAAGGCUGCCAAAUAUUACAUACUUGGCACUGUGUGUAAUGGCAUAUGGGCAUUCUUUUGGAGCCAGCUCAUUUGAUGUUCUAAGGAGGUGUACUAGUGCAAAAAAGCUGGAUCUUUAUUUUCUGCCAGAAAAGGAACUCGAGGAACAAACUCCGUGCCCAUCAGGUUGCACCUGUGAUGAGCCACCAGGCUGGAGGACGGAGGAGCUUGCGUUGAAUUGCCUUGAAGAAAUAGUAAUCCUCCGCAUGAGGGGUACUGAACAUGAAGUUGCCCUCGUGCAGCGGUUAUUCCAUUGGGCAACAUCCCUAAAAAGGCUGAAAAUAGAUUUCCAUGAAUUGAUCCCUGAAAGCAAGGUCAAAGAGCUCCGCCAGUUAUUGCCAAGCUUCUCCAGGCCAGACGUAUGCAUAGACUGGUCGGAUUUGUAGUAGAAAAAAAUGGAAGCUGAACUUUCAUUUUGGUUUGGCACAAUACUUGUAAGUCAGGUUUCAUGUGGGGCGGAUCGUCA